GAACGAAGUGUAGCCGGAACUUGCUGCGUAGACCCAGGGGGAAGAUUUUCCCCCGAACUCUCUGCCGAAAUCCAGGCAGGCCGAGAGCGCCGCUCUCAGAAGGGAUGAUGUCGUGCGUGGGGUUGCUGUGCCGGUUGGGCUUGCGGUUGUUACCCAGAGGCCUGAACGUUUCGGGCCAGGAAGCAAGAAUUAGGAGCGGGGGACUGUGGUGUAUUGUAGGUAGGCAUAUUACUGGCAAUUCCACGUGGUGGGAUGAGCACCUUUCAGAAGACAAUUUGAAGUUCCUUAAGAAGGUUACAAACGAAGAAUUCAAGGUUCAAACAGCCAGCAAACUCUGUCCACUAAAAGAUGAACCCUGGCCUUUGCAUCCAUGGGAGCCAGGUUCUAGAAGAGUUGGCAUUGUUGCGGUAAAGUUGGGAAUGAUGCCAUUGUGGAACAAGAAAGGUGAAAAAUUGGUUGUCACAUUACUUCAGGUUCAAGACUGCCAUGUAAUAAAGUUCAUCCCAAAGGAAGAAUUGGAUGGAAAACGUCCUGCUCUACUUGUUGGCGGGAAAAAUGUCUCACCGUUUCAUAAAGGGGAAUCUAUAAUGGAGAUGUACAGAGCAGUUGGCGUCCCACCAAAGCAGAAGAUUGCAACAUUUAAAGUGUCAGAAAAUGCUAUCAUUAAGCCAGGUACUCCUCUGUAUGCUGCUCAUUUCCGCCCUGGACAAUAUGUGGAUGUCACUGCAAAAACAAUUGGCAAAGGCUUCCAAGGAGUCAUGAAAAGAUGGGGUUUUAAAGGCCAGCCUGCUUCCCAUGGCCAAACUAAAACACACAGACGACCAGGAGCAAUUUCUAAUACUAAGGUUGCCAGGGUUUUCAAAGGAAAGAAGAUGCCGGGACAGAUGGGAAACAUCUCUAGGACAACUUUCGGGCUAAAGGUGUGGCGGGUCAGUGUGAAACACAAUAUCAUCUAUGUAAAUGGUUCUGUUCCAGGUCAUAGAAACUGUUUAGUAAAGGUCAACGAUUCAGCUUUACCAACUUACCGAGAUGACUGCAAGAAUUCACCAUUCCCAACUUUUUUUGCUGAUGGCAAAGAGCUGCCUGAUGAGCUGUUUGAUGAUGAAGUUUUCCAGUUCACUGAGCCCUCUAUUACAUUCAGUUAACUGCUGGCAUCCAGAAGAACAGGCACUGUUCCCAACAUAAAUGUCAAUCUGAAGACACAAAGCAGGAAGUCCACCAAAAUGUGUCAUCUGGCAUCAGCCCACCCACACAACCCUGCACUACUGGUUAUCGUUGUUAAUCAUUUUCUUUAUAGCAACAGAGGCCAAAAGUGAUGAGCAAAGAAACUGUGACACAACUGAUUGACGCUUUUUUUAAAAAAUUGGACUUAAAAAAAAAUCAAAACCAUCCAAACUGCUAAGUUGUUAUAUCUGUAGCAUCAGAGCUAUUUGCCUCAAUCAUGUUAUGAAACAGAUAUGUUUUUCUCUUCUUUAACAGGACAUUGACUAUUAUUUGUUUAAUAAAAAAAUCACUAUAAUUUCA